GUGAUGCAAAUCUAGGACUGAAUGACACUUGUACUACUUCCAACACAGUUUUAGAAGAAAAGGACUUGGAUGGGACCAAACGCUAUAGAAACUGUACAGAUGAUAACCUUUUUCCUAUUUGUGUGGACGGGCGAUGUCAGUGUAUAUUUUGGAAAACACCAUCACCUCCAGCAUGGACAACGACGGCCACCACAGCAGCUAUAAAUGCUGUCUGCACCUCCAGAGAUAACUGUAACCAGGGCAAUACGUUUAUGGUGUUCCCUGGCUGGAAAAUGCCUUGUCCAGUCGAUCACAUUGAUUGUUAUAGCAAUACAUGCUACUGUUCUCCAGACAGGGUAACGACCACAGAACUGCCAACAACUCCAACAACAGCGACUUCAAUAUUAACAACAAAGACAUCGAUUCCAACAACGAAGACUUCAAUUCCAAUAACAACGACAUCGAUUCCAACUACAAAGCUAUCAAUGUCAACAACAAAGACAUCAAUGUCAACAACAAAGACAUCAACAACAACUAAGGUAACGACAACUGAGAAGAUAACAGAAUCAACUAAUAAAAUGCCAGUUACAACAGCUUUGCCAGCAAUAGUUACAUCAAUUCAACCAGUCUCUUUCCCAAUACAUACUUCUGGCAAGACAUGUAGUCUUUUGACUGAUUGUAUUGGAGAAAUAUGUCCCUUGGGAACACAUCCAUACUGUAGAUACAGUCUGACUUCAAAUAGUUGCCAAUGCACAGAAUGUACUGAACACAGCCAUUGCUCAUGUUCUAGUGGAUUACAGCCUCACUGUUCCUUUGAUUUCCCCUUGCAGACCUACUUUUGUCUAUGUAAAGCAAUACCCGUUCCCGAUCCAACCAUCAGUGGCCAUCUCAUUGGAAAAUAGAAGAUCAACCUUGUGUUCAAUUGGAUUGUGCAGCACAUUAAAAUCAUUUACUGUUUUAUCUUUAUAUCAAAAGAUUUUAUCGUCAGAAAAUUUUAGCAAAGGUGUAAAGAUAUCUUAUGCUGCACAUAUAUAAUGUUGAAGGAUACAAAUAUUCUUCAAAUUUCCAAAAAUUACACAUACAAGAAAAUGUUUAGAAAAGACUGGGUAUAUU